ACGGAAGCCGUUUCCACGGUGACCGAAGGCCCACGCCGCAAGUGGAGCCCGGAGAUCUCGGAGGAUGACGGAAAUUCUCUGCCGGUGGUUGAACGAGGAGCUCGGGCUGUCCCGGAGAGUGGAGCCCAGAACAUUUGAGAAGGAAUUUUCCACUGGCUAUCUGAUUGGAGAGAUUCUGAACAAGCACCAACUUCAAGAGGAUUUUGAUCAGUUCUCCCAGGGCAGAAAUGCAGUUUCUCAGCUCAAUAACUUCCAGCGUCUAUUACCCACGCUGCAACUGUUGGGGGUGAUGUUCAGUGACAAUGUGGUAAAGGCACUCAUUGAGGAACAGCAUGGAGUGGCCACACGCCUCCUGUAUCAGAUCUACAUUGCACUCCGCAGGAAAGAGAAGGCCCAGCUCUCAAAAAUGGCGAUGGAGACCAUGAGACCACCUGCAGCGGCCAAGCUUGCAAGCAUCAGCGCUGAGAUGUACAAAGAGCGUAUGAAGUCAGUGAUUCCUCGUGAGGUUGAUGUGGCCCUGCGUAGAGUUUCUGACCGCUACAUGGAUAAAAGCAAGGAGGUUGAGGAGGAGGCAGCCCUUAAGGAUGAACAGGAGCUGCAGAAACAACAGAGCAUCCAGGAAGAGCAGCAGACCCGACACUUGGAAAUGCUGCAUAAAGCAAAGAGGCAGAAUAAAGAGUUGGUGGAAAAAGUGCAGGGAUCAAUCAUCCCUGUUUCCAAAAAGAUGCCACGAGAAAUGGAGAACACCAUCUUGAAACGCAAGCAAGAGCUGAGAAAGCAAGAAGCUGAGAUGUUCAAAAGCGAAAUUACAGAAUUUGAAAAGAUACUGAAGAAGCUGACACCUGCUGCAGGUGAAGAGGAGAGUGAGGGCAGCCUGAUUCUGCUGGCCAGAGCUGACCCCCUGCUCAGUAGCCCCUGCACCAGAGUGGAGGAGGGACAAAGCUUCAUCGAGAAUGUCCGCAGUCGACUGAAGGAGGACAGACGGGCUCGGAGGGAACGCGAGAAGCGGCGCCGCAGAGUCAUGUUGGAGCUGUUCGAGGCACAUGAGGCCCAGGAGGAGGUGUACCAGGAGGAGGAACUGGUCAACAGGCUGAUGCGACAGUCUCUGCAGGAGCGCCGGGUCACUGUGCAGCUCAUGCAAGCUCGCCACGAGAAGCAGGUCAUGAGACAGAACCGCAUCUUCCGCGAGAAGCAGUAUGAGGAGCAGCGGCUGAAGGAGUUCCAGCAGUCACUGGACCAAGAGGAAAUCCUGGCGAGGCAGGAGAGAGCGGAGCAGGGAGAGAGAAUGGAGCAGGAACGGGAAGUGCAUGAGCAGCUAAUGGUGGAGAGGGCUGAACGACGAUACCGCAAACAUUACCGCCUGUGCCAGGAGGUGGUGACACAUAUCCUCGACCUGGUCACCAAGGUGGCUGAGUACAGAGAGCUCUGUGUUGGUUUGAUUCCAAACAAGCUGAUGAGAGAGUGGAAGGAACUGUUCUUCACGGAGAUGCCCAUCUAUGAGCAACCAGCUGCACAGCUUGAGGCUUCAGGCGAGAGUGCGGUGGAUAGCAUUGAGCAGGCCAAGAUGCACUUACUCAACUCGCAGGAUUAUGAAGAUUACCAGCUGAUGACUGGUGAAUGGCAGCCUCCUGUGGAUGCUGAUAUUCAUGGCCCACCUCCGAAUAACAAUAUUCUGGGUCACGCGGUCAACCGGAUCACUGAGAUUGCCCAUCCGGCCAAAGAACCAAGUCCACCACCACAGUUCCCCCCGUUCCCAUCAAGGCCUGCAUACUGGGCAAAUUGCAUGCAGGCAAAACCACCUGCCUGAAGCACCUAGCAGAAGCCCUGAAUAUCCGAGCAAUCAAUCCAGAGACCCUGGUUCAGGAGGCAGUGCAGGCCUUCAAUGUGGGUGAAACUGUGGAUCCCGAUGUGAGCCACCAGCAUGGAGCAGACACACAGACAGUGCCUAGUGCCCGGGCUCAGCUGGGACAACGUGCUGCCAACCUUCUGCGGAAAGGGAAAGGUGUUCCUGAUGA